AUGAGUAUUGGUGAUUUAGAUGAAGAUCGAUUUUUCAGUGUUGGUACUGGAUUUGUUUCUUCAUUUACAGCACGUUAUUGUAAAGAAAUACAUCUAUUUGUGUUGAAAAUCGAAGAAUAUCAAUAUGUUUUAGAAAUCUAUUUAGAUUCAAAAUGUAUUAAUACAAUUACAGGAACGGAUUCAGAUGAAAUUUGGGAUCAAAUAGAAUUGUUUAAAAAACAUACUAG